AUGCCACUUUCACACCACGCUACCGUAACCCUCUCCAUUCCCCCCACUCGCCAAGGUCCCAAACGCGCCGAAACCGUCCAAGGACGUCUCUGGGUCACAGAGUGCCGCGUCAUAUUCGCUGCACACAGCAUGUUUUCCACUACCCAAUCUUCAGCUGCAUCAAGCGAUCCACCGGGAUAUGAUGCCACGCCGGCUCUUACCUCUUUUGAAAUCCGGCAUACGUCCAUCCAAUCAUGCACAUACAACCUUCCAACUUUUUCUGCCAACUAUAUCCUCCUCACGUUUCUUCCUGCUCCCGGUUCUUCCUUGCCUGACCCGGGCACAGGACAGAGUCUGGAGCUCAAGAUCGUGGUCGGGCAGGGGAGCGGGCAUAGGUUGUGGAAGAUCAUCGAGGGUGAGCGGAGCCGGGCUGAAGAGAGGGGAACCGAAGCAGACAAUGAAGCUUUACCCGUCUAUGAACCAUUUGGAAGCGUUCCUCGACCAUUGUAA